GGAGCUUCUCGCGUCGCCUGAGGCCCCGGGGCAGGCUUCCGCGGUCGCCAUGACGGCGGCAGUGUUCUUCGGCUGUGCCUUUAUUGCCUUCGGGCCUGCGCUCGCCCUCUACGUCUUCACCAUCGCCAACGAGUCGUUGCGCAUCAUCUUCCUCAUCGCUGGAGCUUUCUUCUGGUUGGUGUCUCUACUGUUUUCAUCCCUUGUUUGGUUCGUAGCAAGAGCCAUUACUGAGAGCAGAGAGGAACCAAUACAGAAAUAUCUGCUGAUCUUUGGUGUGCUGGUCUCAGUCUUUAUCCAAGAACUGUUCCGGUUUGCAUAUUAUAGACUUUUAAAAAAAGCCAAUGAAGGUUUGAAGACUAUAAACCCAGGUGAAACAGUACCAUCUAUGCAGUUACUGGCCUAUGUUUCUGGCUUGGGCUUUGGGAUCAUGAGCGGUGUGUUUUCCUUCGUGAAUACCCUGUCUGACUCCUUGGGACCAGGCACAGUGGGCAUUCAUGGAGACUCUCCUCAGUUCUUCCUUAAUUCAGCUUUCAUGACGCUGGUUAUCAUAUUGCUGCAUGUCUUCUGGGGCAUUGUGUUUUUUGACGGCUGUGAGAAGAAAAACUGGUACAUCCUUCUUAUAGUUCUCCUGACCCAUCUGCUGGUGUCAGCCCAGACAUUCAUAAAUCCUUAUUAUGGAAUAAAUCUGGUGUCAGCAUAUAUAAUCAUGGUGCUCAUGGGCAUCUGGGCAUUCUUUGUUGCUGGAGGCAGCUGCCGAAGCCUGAAACUCUGCCUGCUCUGCCAAGACAAGGACUUUCUUCUUUAUAACCAGCGCUCCAGAUAACCUCCAGGAACCCUUACCUCCCAACUGCAGACUGUAUUUAGAGGAAGCACAACUGUGCCUUUUUCUAAAAAUUUCUUUUUCUGGUGGAAUUGAGAAAACACAAAACUCUCUAGAUAUGAGUCCCAUUCA